AUGAAGAAAUGCAGAAGAAUAAGGAAAAUGGACUCAUCUCGAUUCUUGAUCGGGCACGAGGUGAUCGUUUCGCUCAAGGCUUACCGAAAAACAGUUCAGGACGCCCUCGUCUGGAUCCGUUCACAACAGGCGCAAGCAACAAUUUCUGUUCAACAAAAUGAGAGGACCACGCCAAUCCAGCUCGACUUUGGGCACGCACCUAUAUCCCCGCGAUUAUCGGCAGCUGCUUCCAAUUACACAGAAGUUCAACAAAUCCCGACUAUUCAGCAACCAGUAGCACGACUGGAAGAAUCUACCGAAAUUCGAGUUAACUGA